GAUGCCUGCGAAAGGCCGGGCGUAAAAAGUAAGUGGGUGGCCAUCUUUGUUAGGGGCAGAGGCCACGGCUACGGAGCCUCAGUGAGUCCACGAAACUUCCGGCGGCUAGCUGGUGAGUCCUGGUGCCCCACGGGAAGCGUGAGAGCGGCGAACGUUAGAUUCGUUUGGGGCUCGCCGUACAAAUGGCCCGGGCGUCCCGCUCUAGUGGCCUUCUACCGCCAAUCACUAACGUACCCCCGUCGUGGGCGCAGCCCCUGGGCGAUGGGGAGGAGCGGGGCAAAGGGAAGCGCGGAGGGCUGGAGCUACUGGCUGCAAUGAACGCCCCGUGCCCGGACUCCGGCAGACAGCCCUGGGCUCCAGAGUCUGCAAGCGGCCCGAUGCCCUUCGCUCUGCAGCGGCUCCGGGCCGAGUUGCUGCGUCUGCACCGCGAGCGAGAGCAGCUCCUGAGGGCCCGGGACUGCGCCCGCCACCUGCAGGCGGUCGUGCGGCUACUCCGCUCCGGCUCCUCGGCCGGUUCCUUCUCCCUGCAGCAGCUGCACGGCGACUUACAGAUGUGCCCUUCGCGUAGGGCGGCUCAGCGCCUUGGUUUCCCGGGCUCCAGGGAGACGCUUCUUCUGGCUCGCCCUAUUGGGCUAGCUGCGCAGCACCUGGAUGCUAACAUCGAGAUGCAGCUUCGCACCCUAGGCCGGGCACCCGCUAGCCUGGGCCUGACGUCCCAACUAGCCGAACUGUUGCUGGCCCUUCCCUUCUACCACACUCUACAGGGACAAUCCCUGAGCUUCGUCCCCGGGGCCGCGCGCCCAUUCCCCGCGGCCCGUGUGCUCCACCUCCUGGCUGCAGAGCGGGGUUGUCAGGUGGCGGAUAGACUAGCUGAAGCCCUUGGCAAAUCGGACUUGCAGGACCAACUCCGUCGGCAGUGCGACCAAGAGCGAGAGCUGCUGCCCGGGCUGCUGGGCCUAGUAGGGGGCGUGGCUAGUAGAGACAGCAGUGGACUGAGGCUUGGAGGGCCUGGAGCCCUGUGGAGCCAGUAUUGGACCAUGCUGUGGGCAGCCUGUGCUCAGAGUUUGGACCUACGCGUGGGACCCUGGGGCGACCCCAAAGCAGUGGCACAACAGCUGAGUCAGGCACUGUGUCAAGCAUCCCUGCCUCAGGAGUGUGAGAAGGAGCUGUUGUCUCUGUGUCACAGCCUAUUUCAUCGGUCUCUAGUCUGCAGCUGGGACCAAGGGUUCUGCCAGGCCUUGGGAUCAGCCGUGGGUGGUCAGAGCAGCCCCACUUCACCAUCCACUGCUGAGCUGUUGCAGCGGCUUUUCCCUCCCCUCUUGGAUAUCCUUCGCCAGCCUAGGCCAGAACUUAGCCUGUGCCAGCCUGCAGGUCCUACGCCUGUCGCUCUGGGACUCUGUACCCUGCAGACCACCUUGCUCUGGUUCUUGGGCAAAGCUCAGCAGCACCUGGCAGCAUGGGCGCCUGGUCCCUUCCUACUCCUGAUCCAGAAGGACUUGCCUCCUCUUCUGCAUGCAGUGGAAGCGCUGUCCAGCCUGGCCUCCGAGGCAGCCUUCAGUCUGGAGGUGGAGCAGCAGCUGGGUCUGGAGAUCCAGAAGCUGACUGCUAGGAUGCAGCUCCUGCCCAAAGAGUCGCUGAGUCUUUUUUUCCAAGAAUGUCAUAAGCAAGCCACACAAGGCUUCAAGCUCCACAUGCCAAGGGGUGGAUACUGGAGGCUUCGACUGUGUCCGGAACAUCCCAGUGACCCUAGUGAGUACGCUAGGGUGGUGGUCUACACUGUGUUGGAGCCCGUGUUGCAAGGACUGCGAGGAUUGCCACCUGAAGCCCAAGCCCCUGCCCUCAGCCAGGCACUGACAGCCACACUGGGCGCCUGGCUUGACCACAUCCUCACCCAUGGGAUCCGGUUCAGCCUGCAGGGGGCGCUGCAGCUCAAACAAGACUUCGGAGUGGUCAGGGAGGUUCUGGAACAGGAGCAGUGGGGCCUGCCCCCGGAGCUUCGCCAGACUCUGCUCUCACUCAGCAUCUUCCAGCGGCUUGAUGGGGCCCUGCUGUGUCUUCUGCAGCAACCCCUGCCCAAGAAUCCAGUCCAGAGAAGACCUCCCCGUUGCUGUUUUUGUAAUGAGGUCCAGACCAUUGAACUGCCCACCAGCAGCCUCAACAGCCUGGAAAGUUUGGCACCCCCUCUAAGGCCUGGAGUCUCCCCAGCCCAGAAUACUCACCUGCUAAGCACCCUGGGGGGAGGAGGGCGAGGGGGAGGGGGAGGAGGACCUAGUCCUGAGGCUUACCUGGCUGGAAACCAGCAAGCCUGGCUUGCCCUGAGGCUGCACCAACACCCUCGUUGGCACCUGCCUUUUUUCUCUUGCCUAGGGACAAGUCCUGAACCCUAAGUUGACCAGAG